AUGGAGGGGCAAAUAGGCGUGCUAGACUGGCUAUUCAUUCACGUUCAUUCAUUCACAUGGCAAAAAAAGUAUCGUCACUUGCAUUCAAGGCGGGAUGAGCAGAGGACCGCUGCCCUCGGAACUCUGCCUGCUGUCCUCGCUGCCGCGUCGCAAGGUGGACGACAAGGUGCGGAGCCGUCUACUGACCAACCCGUGCACAGCGUCACGGCCUACUCGACGAGCACCGCCUGCAUCACGCUGGGCCACCUGUACCCGCGCGGCACCGACGUCUCCGUGACGGUCAACGUCGAGCUGCUGCUGGAGACGCUGGCGGGCGAGGCGACGCGCACCGGCGAAUGGGUCAACGUGAUCGGGUACGUCAAGGGCGGGAGCGGCAGCGCGGCGACGGCGACGGCGACGGUGCAGGCGGUGAUGGUAUGGCCGGCCGGGCCGAUGGACAUUCAGCAGUACGAGGCGGCGCUGGAGGAGGACUAUGCAUGA